UGUUCGAUUAAUGCAUUUCGAAGCUCAAUGUGAGCAUCUUUAUCUUUAAUUUUUCUAUGUCUGGCAAGAAAUUCUUGAAACCGAGCAUUAUCAUCUUCUACCAUCUCAACUUCUGGACUUGGCACUUCGACACGCUCUUCAAUUGGUGCAUUUAGAUCACGUUCAUUUUCUAUUAUCAUAUUAUGCAUAAUAAUACAUGAAGUCAUUAUAUCAUGUAAAACCGUUUUAUUCCAAAGACGUGCCGGUCCAGCAAUAAUUGCAAAUCUAGAUUGCAAUACUCCAAAUGUACGUUCAACAUCUUUUCUACAUGCUUCUUGUUUCAUUGCAAAUAGUUUUUUUUUUUGGACCACGUGGAUCAUGGAUAGUUUGAACAAGAGUGGACCAUUUUGGAUAUAUACCAUCGGCUAAAUAAUAACCCAUAUUGUAUUCUUUUCCUUUAAUAACAUAAUUAGCGGGUGGAGCAAUACCACAAAGAUGGAAAAUUUAGUAAUAAACCUUGCCCAGUAAGAUCUUUGCAAACUCGAAUGUCUACUAUUAAUAGUGCAGUUGCAAAAUUAAGGGGAUGUAUCAACCAAAUUGAAAAUAAAAAUCCAAGUGGUGCUUCAGCAGAAGACAUUUUAAUUCAAGCGAAGAUGUUAUUAGCCCAAGAUAAAAAGUACGAUAAAGGCUUUAAAUUUGAUCAUGUGUGGCACAUCCUCAAAGGUAUUCAAAAGUUUUCAAAUGAUGAAAACAUCAAUGCACCACGUAGAUUCCAACACGAAGGUCCUAGUUUCACUUCAUCGAAAUCAUCAUCUCACAAUUUUGAGUCUCCAACAUCGGCAUCCACUGAGUUUCAUAAGUACAUUCAAAGUGAAAAAAGACGAAUUUACAAAGAAAGGGCACAAACAUCCGAAGUUGGAGAACAAGGAGAAGGAUCUCAAUAUGAGGGAUCUCAAUAUCAGGGGAUAUCCAAAUCAGGGAUCUCAAUAUCAGGGAUCACAAUAUGAGGGGUCACAAUAUCGAGCAUCUCAAGAUUCGGGACAUGGCGUUGAGGAUGAAGAUCAACGAUCUCAAGAUCAAGGUGAAAGAGCUGAAAAUGACUCACAAGUUUAUAGUCCGUAUUAUGACUAUCUUGGCGGAUCAAGAAAUAAUCUUCCACAUUAUUAAAUUGUUGUAUCUCAUUUUGUCUUUGAAGGUUCGUAUCUGUGUUAUUACUUUUC